AUUUGAAGUGAAAAUUUGUUCCAGGAAUUACUCUGCUCACACUCGACAAAGCACUGGCCGAAGCAGAAAGUGGCAACGAAAAAACACGAACCGAGGUUGUUGGCAAAGAUACAGACGCAAAAAGUGUUGGUUCGUGUCUUUCUCUCUUUGUUUUUACUCAAUUUAUAGUCUUAUGGUGUCCGUGAACCCAAAUCCAGCUCAAGGUUUUUACUUCUUCGAUCCCAUGAAUACGGGCCUUCCCGGUCUCAAUCGCCCUGUGCCGCCCCCGACGGCGACUUCGGCCGUUGCCUAUACGCCGCCGUAUGCGGAUGAUCCGAAUAAGAAGAUCCGAAAACCGUAUACUAUUACUAAGUCCAGAGAGAACUGGUCCGAGCAGGAGCACGACAAAUUUCUCGAAGCUCUCCAAUUAUUUGAUCGUGAUUGGAAGAAGAUUGAAGCAUUUGUUGGGUCAAAAACUGUUAUCCAGAUAAGAAGUCAUGCGCAGAAGUAUUUUCUAAAAGUUCAGAAGAAUGGCACUAGUGAACAUGUGCCUCCUCCCCGACCAAAGAGAAAAGCUGCUCAUCCUUAUCCACAAAAGGCCCCUAAAAAUGCUGCAUUGGCAUCUCAAGGUAUCGGACCAAUGCAAUCAUCAUCUGCUUUUGCUGAGCCUGCAUGCAUUUAUAGACCAGAUUCAUCAUCCGUGCUCGGAACACCAGUUACCAAUGUGCCUUUGUCAUCUUUGAACUGCAAUGCUAUGCCGCCUGUCAGCAUGCCACAAGUGGCUAAAGAUGAUAUGGGAUUGGCUGGACAAGCUGUUCCUCGUAAUUGUUGCUAUAGCAGUAGUAAUGAGAGCACUCCUGGUGUUUGGCCCGAUAAUAGAAGUAUAGAUCAAGCAGACCAAGGCAAGCCAGUAACUGUAAUGCCAGAUUUUGCACGAAUCUAUAAGUUCAUCGGUAGUGUGUUUGAUCCAAAUGCAACGGAUCAUCUGCAGAGACUGAAAAAGAUGGACCCAAUAAAUGUGGAAAUAGUAUUGCUGUUGAUGAGAAACCUCACCAUCAAUUUAACGAGUCCUAAGUUUAAGGACCAUCAGAAGUUGCUUUCGUUGUAUGAUGUGGAUGUCGGGAAGUUGAAGACUGGUAGUCUUCGCAGCAAUCCCAUGUCCAACAAAUCUGAAAGUACUGUUCUGUCUGCUUAGAGGAUGCAUCGCCAGUGUGGUUUCUCCUGACCAGAGAUUUGAGAUUUUUUUCCUCAAAGUGCAUUGGCGUUCCCUCUUCCUAAUGGGUUGAGGGAUUAUUCGCAAAAAGGGAACAGCAAACCGGUUUUUGCUGACAACAGAUGUAGAUUUUAGAUGCUUGCACUUAGUGUUUGUGUGUGUGUGUGUGUGUGUGUGUGUGUGUGUAAAAACGUUGCAUAUAAAGUUGAAGUGAGUUCGUUUGUGGUAGGAAGAAGUUUUGAGUUGUGUUGUGUGGAGGUCGUUGUGAAUAGGUGAUGAACAUGGCUGUCCUCUGAUGUUAUGGCCACUGUUGGAGGCUAUACUGUAUAGUCUGUUGGGUGAGCUUUUUUGUGCUGUGCUUUUGUGUUUUAUAUGAAAUAUGAGCUAAUAAGACAGUGAUCUUAUACCCUA